UCUAUUAGUACUUGGGCUGAUUUCAAGCUAUUAAGAUCGAAGUGAUCAUUUUAGACGUUUUCAAGCAAAUGGCAAACAAAAAAUCAUUCACCAUUCAAUGGUUGACAAUUAUUGUGUUUGUCUUAGCGUUUUAUGGCUUCUUGGUUCAAGGUCAAAACUUGGCUAAUAAUCGUGGCAAUUCUGAUAUAACUACUAUUUAUGUUAUAUACUACGAUGAUGAUCCGAAACCUCAAGCACAGCAGGUACGUCCAAAUCAACCAGUUCAGGGAGGCCGUCCCACUCAAACAGCAACACCUCAAGUUUAUCCAGCUUCAACUCAAAAUCAAGCUAGACCUGGGGAACAAAUCGUUCAAGCUCCUUCUCCGCAAUAUCAGCCGCAGCCCAUACAAAACCAAGUCAGGCCGCCUGCACAGCAUCCCGGUCAAGCAGUUAAUCAAUAUACUCAAUACAUUCAACAACCGGUAAGGGCUACAACUCAAUACCCUCAGAAUACCCAACAGUUAGUACAACUACCAGUGCGCUCACCCCAAUAUCCUAAUAAUCAGCAGCAACCGAUUCAAAAUAAACCAAAUGUUCCUAUAAAUACUCAAUACCCUCAGCAAUUGGUUCAAAAUCAGUAUCCCCAGCCCAUACAAAAUCCAAGACAACCAACUGCUACGUAUGCGCAAAGUCCAGCUCCGGCACCAUACACUCCUCAACCAGUGCAGAAUCAAGUUAGGCCCAUAAAUCACAAUCCUCAACAGUCGCUGCCGCAAUAUCCAUCUUAUACACAACAGCCGUUUCAAAAUCAAAGACUACCACUGCAGCAAUAUCCAAAUCAACAAUCACCACCUUUUUCGUAUACCCAAAACCCACAGCAACCAUGUCAAAAUCGGCCCAAUCAAGCACCGCCACAAACACCAACCACUUUGUAUCCACAAAACCCCCAACAGUCAUUUCAAACUCGACCUAAUCAAGUACAGCAAUUUCCACCUCCCUCUCCCUACCCACAACAACCUUUACAAAAUAAACCCAACCUAGGAUCACCUAGUCAAUAUCUGCAAAACCCUCAAGCCCCACCUAAUCGACCUAACCAAGUGCAGCAAUUUCCGCCUCCUCAAAACUUACAACAGCCAUAUCAACAUCAUCCCAACCAGUUUCAGCAACCACCGACACAACCUGCCCAAUUCCCUCAAAGGCCACAGCCAUCUCCAUCUGAGCCUUAUAUCCAAAACCCACAACAGCCAUAUCAAAAUCGUCCCGCGCAGAUACUACAGCCACCACCUCCACCUACCCAGAUUCCCCAAAAUCCACAACAACUACAAAAUAGACCCAACCAAAUGCAACAACAACCUGGGCAACUGCCUCAAAAUCCACAAGAGCCACAUCAAAAUCGCCCUAACCAGCUACAGCAACCACCAGCUGGCCUAUUUCCUCAAAACCCACAACCCUCACCUACUGCCUCUUAUAUCCAAAACCCACAGCAACCAUACCAAACUGGACCCAAUUAUAUACAGCAACCAUCAGCACAACCUGCCAAACUUCCUCAAAAUCCACAGCAGCUACCUCAAAAUAGACCCAUCCAAGCAGGCCAACAAACUCCACCUGCACUGCUUCCUCAAAAUCAACCAGAACAACAAACCCCACCCUCCCAACUUCUCCAAAACCCAUCUCAAAAUCUUCCCAACCCAGGGCAAGAACUCACCACAAAAGCCCCACCAAGGGGCAACUCUCUUAAUUCCAAUUCACCUCAGCAGGGUAUUUUAAUAGAACAAGUUGUGGACAAUCCCCUUGCAAAUAUAAAUAGUCCUGUAUUCAAUCCCGCUCCCCUUACGACCACGACCUUACCACCAACUACCACACAAAUUUCUAAUAAUGGAAAUGAAGAAGAAGAAGAGUAUCUUCCUAUUGACAUUCGGAUAGGCCAAUAAUUUUAAUAUUUGUUGUUGUAAUUAUGUUUUAUAAAAAAGUAUUUUAAAGAUACAUCUCUACACAAUUCUCAGAA